CCCACCACAGAGUUCGUCAGCCUCGCGGCAGCUUUGAUGUGCGUUAUUAUGCCCGACCACGCCGACGUCAGCCUCCCGCCGGAGGAGCGCGUCCGAAGGCUGAUCCAGGUGGGAAGCGCCGUGGAAGUGAACGAGGAUGUCCCGCCACGACGCUACUACCGCUCCGGAGUGGAAAUCCUCCGCAUGGCGACCAUUUACUCGGAGGAAGGCAAUAUCGAGCAUGCCUUUAUUUUGUACAACAAAUACAUCACGCUCUUCAUUGAGAAGCUGCCACAGCACCGUGAUUACAAAACUGCUGUCAUACCCGAAAAGAGGGAGACAGUGAAAAAACUGAAAGAAGUAGCCUUCCCCAGAGCUGAAGAGCUCAAGGAGGAGCUAUUAAAGAGGUACGCCAAGGACUAUGCUAAGUACAAGGAGCAGAAGAAGGAGGAGGAAGAGGAAUUUGCACGCAAUUUGGCUUUGCAGCAGCAGCUGGAAGAGGAGAGAAAUCGGGUAGCCCUGAUGAAGCAGCAGCAGGCAGAGCAAGAGCAGUUUCAUGCCUUCGAGGAGAUGAUUCGACGACAGGAGCUGGAGAAGGAACGUCUAAGGAUAGUGCAGGAAUUUGGAAAGCCAGAGCCAAGUCCUGAGUCUCUGGACGAGCCCCUCAUCCCUGGCGUGGAAAAGCCCCCGACUGAUUUAAUCCCAAAGGUUCCCGUCUCUCCAGUUCACCCUGCAAGUCCAUCAGCGGGGACUGUCUCAUCCAAACCUCCUGUUGUGGACAGAUCUUUAAAACCUAGUGCUUUGGGGAGCACGCAAAACAAUGCAAGUAUGGAUGUCCUUCGCCAGGUCAUUGUCCCUAGGGAGCUCUGCCAGAAAUUCCUCCAGCUGGCUGAUGCCAACACGAUCCGGGGUGUGGAGACAUGUGGGAUCCUCUGCGGUAAGCUGAUGAGGAACGAGUUCACGAUAACCCACGUCAUCGUUCCCAAGCAGUACGGAGGCCCCGAUUAUUGCAACACGGAGAAUGAGGAGGAGCUCUUCGUGAUCCAGGAUCAGCAUGGCCUUGUUACGCUAGGCUGGAUCCAUACUCACCCCACACAGACAGCCUUCCUCUCCAGCGUCGACCUGCACACGCACUGCUCCUACCAGAUGAUGUUGCCAGAGUCCAUUGCUAUUGUGUGUUCUCCGAAAUACCAGGAGACGGGGUUUUUCAAGCUGACAGAGCAUGGCCUGGAGGAGAUCUCUUCCUGCCGGCAGAAAGGAUUCCACCCGCACUCCAAAGACCCUCCUCUCUUCACUACCUGCAAUCACGUGUCAGUAGUCGAGAGAGACGUGGUCCUGAUGGAUCUCCGAUAGGCCUCUUGCCUUAACAGUUUACAGAAAACCAUCCACCUUCCUUCUAGGCCUAGGGAUCUUUUUUUCCUUCCUGUAGCAGAUGAUUUCUACCGUGUAGUGAUCCUUCCCCUUCCUCCCCCAAUAAUCGCGGUGAAAUCGGUACCCUGACCUCCGUGGGAGCACGUGAAACCUCAGUGCCUUGCGUCGGGCUGGCGAAGUGGUGCUGAGGUUCAAGGCGUGGGGAAAAGCUAACUGGAAAUUCAGAGACAGAAGCUAACACUGAAGCAAUUGUUUAAUACUCUAAUCUAUGGCUUGAACAGCUUCUUGGGGGGGUUCCCCGUCAUUUGCUGCAACCGUGAGGUGUGAAAACCUCUUCAAGUGCUUUCCAAAGUGGGACUUGCCCAAAUUAACCCAUGCUUUGUUUUGCCUCUCUCCCUGGGUUGUUGGGGUCUCGGCGCAGCUGGCUGGAGUAGAUGAGUCUUUGCUAUAAUUUAAGAUUAAACCUUCCUAACCCCUCUCACCCCAUGCAAGAGCUUGUCGCCUCUGAGCCGGAGCGAGUCCUGCUUGCUGGUACUCGGGUCUCUGCCCGGUGAGGUAAGAAGGGGCCCAACCUCCUUUGGGAACCCCUGUUUCAGUGUUUCAGGGGAGAAGGUGCCUGGAUGCGGCACUGCUUUGCACGAGCUGCUUCAUUCCAGCAGUGGGGAGGGGUGUUUGGUUACUUUAUUCCUUUUCCUGGAUGGGGGGGGGGUUCACUCCGGCCCUCGGGCUGCCCCGCGAGGGUUUAGGUUCGGCUUGCUGCUGGUGUUACCACGGAGGAGGCUCUCGGUCUCUUGGCCGCAGUGCUGUCGUGUGAAGGCUCUGCAAGGCCAUCACCUCUCAGAGAGGGGACUCCAGCAGCUUGUGCCGCUUCGAUCCUCAAAGAUCACCGCCCCCGAUUGCCUCUGCGUUUCUCAAAGCAGUACGAAGUCUGUCCUGACCAAAACCAAGUGCUCCGUGAUGUCGCCGUUAUGCGGUACGCCAGCUGAGGACCUCCUCCCAAGUUCUGUCGUCGGAUGCUAAGCAGCGAUUUUCCUUCCCCGGCGCUAUCCGUGCUGGGCCUCCGCCCUCGCGUCUUGCCGGCGUUGAAAGGGGAAGAAGCGGCACUGAAAGGUGGAAGGCAUCUGGCCUCAAAGGGCUGAGCGUGAUCCACGACAUCUCCACAUCCUCCGGCAGGAUGCUGUGAUGAUCAGCACAUGGCCGGGCGGGGAGGGGAAGGCGGCUGGAGUUGCCUUCCCACCUGGCACGCGUACAUGCGUGUUCUGUAUGUCGUGUCCUUGUACUUCUACACAGAAUAUUCUUUGGGGUACAGUUUAACACAGAUGGGUUGUAUUAUCU